CUAGCCAGGCCUCCGCUCUAGACCGGAAGUCUUUAUGGUCCCCGGGAGAACUAGAUAGCCAUUUGGGAGGGAGGACUCUAUGUUCUUCCCAGCGUGAACAUCGGGGGCUGAGCGGGAGGCCGACUCUCCAGGAGAGCGAGACUUCGCUUUGGAGGGGUGCACGUGUUCGUGCUCUAAAGCUGAUGCGACUUGGUGCGAGAUCGUCGCUAGUAGGCUGGCCUGCAGUGACCUGCUGUCUCCCCGGCCCCUCUCCCGUUUCCAGAGCCGUGGUACAACACCGUGGCUGGGGUUGUGGGCGGGAGAGAACCUGAGCUCCGAGGAAAGUCAAGGUGGAGCCUAAAGCCCUCUAGAAGAAGUGGGGUGCUGAGGCUCGGGCAGCAUGACGACGGAGACCUUCGUGAAGGAUAUCAAGCCCGGGCUCAAGAAUCUGAACCUCAUCUUCAUUGUGCUGGAGACAGGCCGAGUGACCAAGACAAAGGACGGACACGAGGUUCGGACCUGCAAAGUAGCUGACAAAACCGGCAGCAUCAAUAUCUCCGUCUGGGACGACGUGGGCAACCUGAUCCAGCCCGGGGACAUUAUCCGGCUCACCAAAGGGUACGCGUCAGUGUUCAAAGGUUGUCUGACGUUGUACACCGGCCGUGGGGGUGACCUCCAGAAGAUUGGAGAAUUCUGUAUGGUUUAUUCUGAGGUUCCUAACUUCAGUGAGCCCAACCCAGAAUACAGUGCCCAGCAGGCACCCAACAAGACGGUGCAGAACGACAGUGGCCCUGCGGCUCCCCAGCCUACCACUGGGCCCCCUGCCUCUUCUCCAGCCUCUGAGAGCCAGAACGGGAAUGGACUGAGCACCCCACCAGGUCCUGGCGGUGGCCCGCACCCGCCUCACACUCCCUCCCACCCCCCCAGCACCCGAAUUACCCGAAGCCAGCCCAACCACACACCUGCCGGCGCCCCCGGCCCCUCCAGCAACGCCGUCAGUAAUGGCAAAGAAACCCGGAGGAGCAGCAAGAGAUAGCAGUACUCGCCUGCUUCCCGCCACCAGCCACAAGCCAGGCGUCUGCUCUAGAGCACAGCUUUCUCCCUGGCUGCCGUCUCUGGGGGGCCGGGGGGUAGGAGUGUUUUAGCCACUAAACUUCACUGAGGGUGGGUGGGCAGUGGCCUUUACCCACCCUCAGCCCAUUCUCCCCUCCUUGUCCAGCUGAAGCUGCCUGUCUCCUGGGGUUCGGGGCCAUCUGCCUCCCCUCCUUCCUGCUUAGAAACGACGGUUAGUCUGUUUCUUGAGUGUGUGAUGUGGAAGUCUAAUUGAAUCUCUCCUUCCUAAUAAAUGUUACUUUACCACUCUG